AAUUUCAACUCUCCACAACAAACUCAUAUACGGCUCGCAUUUUAAAUUCACAAUUCACUUUCCAUUGAAUUCUUCUCCUGACAUGGACUGUCAAUCUUUGCUUAUUCCUUCCAACACAAGGCAAUUCCAAGAAACUGAUUCAGUUUAGAUAUGUCACUCAUGUUGAACAAAAACAACAGCAACAAAAUGGGCACACCUUUGUUCCAUGAGUUUAAAAAGCAAGCUUCUUUCUUCCUCAAGGAAAAAUUCAAGACUGCUAGAUUGGCUCUCACCGAUGUUACCCCCGCAGAGCUAAUGACAGAAGAAGCUACAAAAGGAAAUUCAUGGGCCCCAGAUUCCCCAACACUUAGAUCAAUUUCAAGGGCUGCUUUUGAGCUAGAUGAUUAUUUGAGAAUUGUAGAGAUUCUACACAAAAGACUGCUUAAAUUUGACAACAAGAAUUGGAGGGCCUCUUACAAUUCUCUGAUUGUGCUGGAGCACCUGUUGACUCAUGGACCAGAAAGUGUUGCAGAGGAAUUUCAAAGUGACAAAGAUGUAAUUGGCCAGAUGAAAUGCUUUCAGCAUAUUGAUGACAGUGGGUUCAAUUGGGGUCUAGCUGUUAGAAAGAAAUCAGAACAGAUACUGAAACUGCUGGAAGAAGGAACUCUCCUUAAGGAAGAAAGAAACCGUGCUCGGAGGUUGUCCAGAGGAAUUCAAGGUUUUGGAAGUUUCAGUCCACGUUCAACUCAAGCACAAGGCGUUCUGCAGGAAAAAUCAUCGCCAACCACAUUUGACAGACGUACCGCUGACUUCAACGACAAUGAAAACCAGGAAAACCAAUCCUUUGGCUCAAAUCUUUGUCUGGACACAGCAGCAGUUAAAUCUGCUAGUCCUAGCUCUCAAGGUAGAAUUUUAAAGUCCUUAGAUGAUAGUGUAGAAACUGAAAGCUACCUGGAUGAUCAGGGAAACAUUCAAAUGCACCAGAAAUCUGAAACAAGCUCUGGAGAAAACAUGACACCUAGCAAGGAGGAAUUCCAUCUAUGGAACUUGAAAGGGGAGUCCAAUCCACUUUUGGAUGGUAGCCAAGAGGAUCAUUCUAGACUUGGGAUGUUCAUAGCCCAAGAUGAUCACCCCUUUAACUCCACAGAAAUGCAUGCCACUUCUUCCCUACUUUCUCGACAUGAAGUAUGUUACGCAUUAAAAUGAAGGCAACAAGGUGUGUUGCACUUCUUGUGCAGAAAUUUUUUCUAAUCAAGGUUUUAUGUCACAUGUAUAUAUGUAUGCAGGUUACCUUUAUUUCCUCCUACAAUUUUCCCUCAGAGAACAAAUUGUUUGUAAUUGUGGAACUAGAACUAAGUAUAUAUUGGAAUGCAUGAAUCUAUAUAAAGCUCAUGUUCUACCCUCUGCAGCCGAUGUAAAGAUCA